AUGAAUCACGGCUACCCUCCCCGCGUCAUGGGCGGGCCCCAGAGCGGGCCCAGCCAGCGUCUGAACGACCUGCUCGACAGCAUCAGAACUGAAUUCGAGACCGAAUCUCAGCGCAGCGUCGACUACGAGGGGCAGAUCACUCGUCAUAUUCAAGAGAUUGAACUGAUCCGCGGCAAGGUCUACUCGCUUGAGCAGCAGCACAACCAGAUGAAAGCAAAGUACGAAGACAGAAUCGCCCAGCUGGAGCGUGAGGUCGAGGCUCGUGGCGGGCCCAGCCAGAAUUCGCAGCACCAUGGUCCCUCGCAGCCCCAGCCCCCACAGAUCGGUCAUGGACCCAGCAAUCUUUUUGGUGGUAUCAUGGCAGGCAGCGCUGCCCAAGGUGGUCCAGGACUGGCUCCUCCUCCCCAGGAACCGCAGCAGCCGCAGGGCAUGCCUCCACACCUAGGGCCCCAGGGUCCGCCAGGUCUCAACCCGCCGCCGGGUCCCCCUCAGCACUUUGGGGGCUAUCAGCCUGGGCCAUCCGUAAAUGGUUAUGGACAACCUCCGCAGCCCACGGCUUCGCCUGGUGCGAAGCGCCCGGGUGGUCCUGGACGUGGUCCUCCAGCACCUGCCACCCCCCAGCAGAACAACCCAGGCCCAUACCCUGGCUCGCCCGCCAUUCCUCGACCGACCCCUCCGCCCCACCACCCGCACGGUGCCCCCAUGGCCCCGAAUAACAUCCCACUGAGCCAAAGCAAUGUGCUGGCUGACCUCGAUAUCGAGCAAUUGCCAGACAACCUGAAGAAGGAGGGCAAUGAUUGGUUUGCCGUCUUCAACCCACGCUCGAGACGUGUCUUGGACGUCGAUCUCAUCCACAAUCUACCCCACCAGAGCGUCGUGUGCUGCGUGCGCUUCAGUUUGGACGGGCGAUUGGUCGCAACGGGCUGCAACCGCUCGGCCCAGAUUUUCGAGGUGGACUCUGGAAACCCAGUCGCACAUCUCCAGGAUGGCAGCUUGCCUGAAGACGGCGAUUUGUACAUCAGGAGCGUUUGCUUCAGCCCCAACAGCGUAUACCUUGCGACGGGUGCCGAAGACAAGGUCAUCAGGGUCUGGGACAUCAACUCCCGUACCAUCAAGCACCAGUUCACCGGACACGAGCAGGACAUCUACUCGUUGGACUUUGCUAGGAAUGGCAAGCUCAUCGCCUCGGGCAGUGGUGACCGUAGUGUUCGUCUGUGGGAUCUUGAGUCCAACACCCAAGUCUCCAACUUCUCCAUCGAGGACGGCGUCACGACUGUUGCCAUUUCCCCUGACAACCUUUUCGUCGCUGCUGGAUCUUUGGACAAGAGUGUUCGCGUGUGGGAUAUCCAGACGGGUGCGUUGGUCGUACGCCUCGAAGGCGAGCAGGGCCACAAGGACAGCGUUUACUCGGUGGCCUUUGCUCCUUCGGGCAACCGCUUAGUCAGUGGCAGUCUGGACAAGACGAUCAAAAUGUGGGAACUGUCCACCUCGAGGAGCUUCGCUCCAGGCCAUCCUCCCAGUGGCAAGUGCAUUCGUACAUUCGAAGGCCAUAAGGACUUUGUGCUUAGUGUCGCACUCACUCCCCAUGGCGAUUGGGUCCUCAGUGGUUCCAAGGAUCGCGGCGUUCAAUUCUGGGACCCCCACACGGGUGUUGCCCAACUCAUGCUUCAGGGACACAAGAACUCCGUUAUUUCCGUUGCUCCCAGCCCUGCAGGCGGUGUCUUCGCAACAGGCAGUGGCGACAUGCGCGCACGCAUCUGGCGAUUCGACAGGUAUCCUGGACCUUAG